AUGGACCCAUCCGAAGCCCCUCCAGCGGAAAGUUGGAAACCUCCUGCCGUCCACGCCCGCGACAUUGUCCGCAUCUUCCAAUGUCGUCUAUGUUCGGUCCCCUACAGAGAUGCCGUCACCCUGCCCUGCGGCCGCAGCAUCUGCAAGUCGUGCCUGCCAGAGUCACAUGCCCGCACCAGCAUCACCUACCCUGCCUUGCCAAACCGCAUACAGGCUUUCCAAUGCCCUCUCCCGGACUGCACCAAGGAGCAUGUGCUCGACGACUGCGGCGUCGACGUGAUUCUCAACAAGGUGGCCAGCAUUGUUGGCGGUGCAAUGGGGCACUACCAGGCCGAGGCUGUCGAGUUACGUCAGUCGACAAGCAUCGCGGUCGAGGGUUCCUGGGACAAGGCUGGCAUCGGGCCCUCGGAGAGCGGCGAGCAUCGGCCCCGAACCAUCAGCGGCACCAGGCUGGUGGCGACAUGGACCUUGGCGGCUGACGGGGCGCUCAAAUUUGACGCCGGGGUCGUAUAUCUCGGAUCUCCGUCACCCCCUGCCGGAGAAACGUUUGCGGAAUACGAUGCCAAGGCACUCAGCAAAGUGCAAGAAGUCAUGCGGACCGAGAUGGACUGCCAGAUCUGCUAUGCCCUCUUCCACGACCCUCUGACGACGGGAUGCGGCCACACGUUUUGCCGUCCCUGUCUGCAUCGCAUCCUGGACCAUUCACGAUAUUGCCCCAUAUGUCGCCGGAAGCUCGCCAUCAACUCGCUUCUCAAGCCCAGCUCAUGCCCGUCCAACGAGCGCAUCACAAAUAUCAUCCAGACGUUUUGGAAGGACGAGAUGAUGGCCCGGCAAGAAGCCGUCGCUGCCGAGCGCGCCGCACGCCACCAGGACCUCGACGUCCCCCUCUUUGUCUGCACCUUGUCCUUUCCCAUGAUGCCGACAUUUCUACACAUUUUCGAACCGCGAUAUCGCCUGAUGAUCCGUCGAGCCGGCGACGCCCAUUUCCACGAGCUCGGGACACUCCUGCGGAUAGUCAACGCGCAAUUCUACCCCGACGGCCGCAGCCUCAUAGAGACGGUGGGCCUCUCUCGGUUUCGCGUUGGGCAUUACGGGCAGCUCGAUGGGUACAUAGUGGGCAGGACAGAACGGAUCGACGACGUUAGCUUGGAAGAGGAGGAAGCUAUAGAGGCGGCAGAAGUCGGCUACGACUCCGGAGUCGGCGCCGAAGAAGGCCACGACGGUCGCUACUAUGCCGAUGGUGGCGACUCGCGCGAAGAUGCGCAAACGGAAGGAGACUUGGACACGAUGACAACCCAAAGCCUGAUGCAGUUUGCGGUGGGGUUCGUGACACGCAUGAGGGACCAGAGCGUGCCGUGGCUCACAGAACGCAUGUUGGCCAUUUACGGCAACUGCCCGGAUGACCCGGCCAUUUUCCCCUGGUGGUUCGCCAGCAUGCUGCCCGUCAAAGAUCAUGAAAAAUACAGACUACUCGAGACGUCGAGCGUGAGGGACCGACUCAAGAUUUGCGGCUCGUGGAUUAUAGAGAUGGAGACGGUACGAUGGUCUUUGAACGGCUGCACUAUUCUUUGA